CGGAGUCACCCUACUGUCAAUGUGAACAGGAAACAAUUGGUGACGUAAAUCGCAUCUUAUUUCAGUGCAGACGCAUUGAAAAAGACGGAAUCGACUUUUUGAAGGAGCUCUUAAGACUUGGCCACUGCCAGCCGCUUUAUACGAUCCUAAUUCACGGAGACUCAACCAGGAAUACAUAUGAUGCCAUAUCCCAGUUUCUAGCGAAAGCAGACUUAAAAAUCUAAAAUGAAUUGAACUUAAGAACUUAAUUACAAAUGAAUUUUUAGCAGCCAACUGUGUUUUGUAAUCUGAUUACAAUAAUUUUGAUCUGAAAACAUAAGGAUUUAUGCCCUAAGCAGUAUGUAUAACGAAGAAAAAAAUUUAUACCUUGUUAUGUGUCACUACAUUUAUUUGUGAUGGCGAAAAGUUUGUAUGGUAGAAGCUAAUAAAAAAAUGUAGAGAUUAUCUUUGUGUUUGUUUGGGUGUUGACAUGUGACGUAGUGUGUUUACAUCACGUUACUGAUAAAUGUGUAAUUAUUUUACAAUAUGUGUAAUUUUUACAAAUAAUUUAAAUGUUUUAUGAAUGUGUGGUAAAAAUGGGUUGUGCCUGUUCAAGAACGAAAAUUGCCGUCGGUGGAAAGACGUACACUGUCCAAGAACAUUUGGCAGACGGUGGGUUUAGUUCAAUUUAUCUUGUCCAAGACAGUAAAUCACACAGAUUGUGUGUUUUGAAGAAAAUUGUCUGCCAUGCAAAAGAAGAUCAAAUGAAAGCUUUGCAGGAGGUUGCAUAUUAUGGACUCAUUAAGCAUCCAAAUGUUAUUGAAUGUUUAGAUUCUGGUGUGUCUGGUGAAGCUGAUGCUUUUUCUAAUUAUACCAGUGAAGUUUACAUUUUACUACCAUAUUAUAAGAGAGGAACUCUGGCAGAUGAACUUUUGCGGCGAAGUAGAAAUUGUGAUUAUCUUCCAGCCAUGGAUGUUCUAACAAUGUUCCUGCAAAUUUGUGAAGGUGUCAAGGCAUUCCACGAAGCAUUGCCAGAGCCUUUAGCUCAUCGGGACCUGAAGACUGCCAACAUACUUAUUGGAGAAGGCAACAGACCAAUUAUUAUGGAUCUAGGUUCCAUGAGCACAGCCCGAAUUAAAAUAUGUGGAAGUUCAGAAGCCCAGAAACUUCAGGACACUGCCGGGGAAAUGUGCUCCAUGCCUUAUCGGGCACCAGAACUUUUCAAUGUUGAGAGCUAUUGUAUGGUGGAUGAGCGCACAGAUAUAUGGUCCUUGGGAUGUGUGCUGUAUGCCAUGUGCUUUUUCAAAUCACCAUUUGAUGUUGUUUAUGAACGUGGAGAUAGUGUGGCAUUAGCAGUUAUAAGUGGUACAGUGUCAUUUCCAGACAAUUCUCCUUAUGAUCAGGAUCUGCAUGACCUGAUUCUGUACAUGCUGAAAGUGAAUCCUAUGGAACGCCCAUAUAUCUAUAGCGUUAUUGAAAAAACACAUGAUGUCAUUUCAAAACUGCAGUGUGUCGCAUAAGAGCUUGUCCAGUAUGUGCAUGGAAGCACAUAUAAAACUGCAAUGCAUUUACUGUGAUACUUAUUUGUGCAAAAGAUGUACAUAUGAGAAUGUGAUGAUAAAACCACACUCAUUGAGUGUGUGAGUUGACAUACUACAAGCAACAACUCACUCUGAGUUAUUGUUUUUAUAUUUGGUGUAAUUUGUUCAGAGAGUGAAGACUACUGUUUUAGAUAUUUUAAUAUUAUAGAAUUCAAUUUAAGUAUUUCAUAUGAAGUAUAGCUCUUUGUUCAAAUUGUUGUGACAGUAAAGUUUUAUUAUGUAAUAAAGUUCCUGUGGAAAAUUUGGAUGCUUCAUCUUAUUGUACAAAAUUAUGGAUACCAAUAAAUUAUGGCUAUCAAACGUUAAAAAAAAAGCUACUAGAUGAAAACAC